CAUGGAAUUACGGAUGAAGAAGACAAACUGCGGGAAUCCUUUGACCCAGAGAAAGAAAUAAUUCCAGAGGUAGACCCAAAUGCCAAACUGCUGCUGCCACCUCCUCCGGUUAUGCCGCUAGACACCAACUGGCCUCUGUUGACUGUGUCCCAAGGGCUUCUUUGAAGGAACCAUCGCAAGUAAAGCCAAAGGUAUGGCAGCGGACAUCGAUGUGGACACUGUUGGAGGAGAAGGUUGGGGAGAGGAUGCUGAGCUUCAGCUGGAUGAAGAUGGCUUUGUGGAUGCAGGAGAGACAUUUGGAGAUGAGGCUCCUGGAAAAGGACAGGAAGAAGGAGGUGGAUGGGACGUGGAAGAAGAUCUGGAACUUCCCCCUGAACUGGAUGUUCCCUCUGGCCCAUCCGGAAUGGGAGAAGAUGGCUUCUUUGUGCCACCCACCAAAGGCAGCAGCCCGGCACAGGUAAGACAUUAG